UAACCUGAACCAUACCGGCGUCCCGUCUACGGGACGGUUCAUACUCAUUUGCGGCAUGUGGUAAAAACUGCGACGAUUCGUAAAAUAUAUAUUUUUUUGUCAUAGGCAUGUCUUAUAUCGCCAGAAAGCUUGGAAUCUCGUUAAACUAAUUAUAAUAUGCACUUUAAAAAAGCUAUUACGACGACCAAACACGGUGCAAUUGUUUCAGGACAGUCAACAAGAACAAAAUACUUUACUGUAGGCACUCGGUUUCAUUUUUCAUGUAUCACGGAAAAUAUUGUACUUACAUUACUGAACCUCCGCAGAUUUCUUAUCCCUCUGUUCCCAGAGAGGACGGGAAGCAUAUUUUUGCUUGGUAAAAUCCGUUUUAAUUUUCAUAGUAUCCAUGCGUCACAGAAUGAAAAAUGACUCGAUCAACAUGCAACAAAACUACUCAUGCUAUCCAGACCAUAAAACAAGUAUUUUCCCCGUGACAUUUGGUAUGUCUGUAAUGAUUAGACACUCAGGAAGAUAACUAGCCUUAUUCCGAGAUUCUACACAGCGAAUUGGCUGCGCAAUACCUCAGUAAACCCUAGUAGCGCGCCUCACGUUACGCACCAAUAAGAUGGACCAAGACAAACUUGAAGGACAAUAUCUUCCGCCAAUGACGACCAAUUAAUUUGAAACAUAGCUAGCUAGAUAGCCAAUGAGCUGGCCUUUCUUGUGAUGGGGGAAUGUGCACUGUGGGAAGAAUGGGCUGGAAUCUAGAGGUGUGCUCAACCGGACACCCCUGCAUCAUUUCGAAUUGAGAGAGCAUCAGAGCGCGCUAGUAUUUUCGUUACGCACAUUCUUGCUAGUACUUAGUAGUUACUACUUCUUGUUAUUUCGAUAAUUUUAAACAUUUCGAAUUUGAACAUGGCUCCUAAAAGUGGGAAAGCAAAAUCCAAGACCAAGUACACAAACUUGGAGGAGAUUUUUGAGGAGAUUCAGCGAGAGAGUGACCAAGAGCUAGACGAGGACUCUCUUAGCGAACAAAGUUUUGAUUCUGGCGAGGAAGAAUUGUUCUUGGAAGGAAAGGAUCCCGUUUUAGAUUGUGGAAGCGACUCAGACUCGGAUGAUCUCUGGGAGCCGGCUGCAAAGAGACAACCACAAUCAAGCAGUCCUGCCCUCACUACUUCAGGAGCAUCUACAUCUGCCAUUGUUUCUGGCUCUACAACAAGCACACCUUUUGUCUCCAAAAUCACUCCAGGUCCGAGGUCAUCAACACCUACCCCCGUCCGGCCAUCCAGAGGUGUGAAGAGACCAGCCCAGAGACAAAGACGGGCCAGUGCACCAGCUGACACCUCCACUGUGGGAGAGGACCGUUGGCACACAGUACUGGAGGAGGAUGUAGAGCCACGUCCACCCACAUUCAGGCCUAAAAGGCAGCCUGGACCUCAGCUGGACAUGACUGGGACAUACAGCCCCCUCCAUCUGUUCCAGCUGUUUUUUACUACCUCUGUUCUUGCGACGCUGGUGUCGAACACCAACAAGUAUGGGACUAAAAAGCAAGCUGGAAAAAAAGAGGCAUGGAAGACCAUUUCCAUCAAUGACAUGUACUCCUACAUGUCACUGGUCAUUUACAUGGGGAUUGUGAAAUUGAGAACCCUGAGAGAUUACUGGAAAAGCACAAUCCUCUACCAGCUGCCUUUUCCUGCAACUGUGAUGUCGGCCAACCGGUUCUUGGCCAUCUCACAGGCCCUUCACAUGAGUGACCCACACACGGAUGAAGAAAAUGAAAAGAAGAGAGGCACAGCAGGCUUUGACAGGCUCUAUAAAAUCAAACCUCUCUACCAGAGCAUUGUUGAGGCCUGCAAGACAUAUUUUCAGCCCGCCCAGAACCUGUCCAUUGAUGAGAGGAUGGUAGCCUCAAAAGCAAGAAUUGGAAUGAAACAGUACAUGCGAGAUAAGCCAACUAAAUGGGGUUAUAAGCUGUUUGUUUUGGCCGACUCCGUGUGUGCCUACACCUGGAACUUUUUUGUUUAUGAGGGAAAAUCACUCACAGCCACCGGUAAGGGACUCAGUUACGAUUCAGUUAUGCAGUUGUUGGAUUUUCCACUACUCGGAACUGGAUACAAGCUGUUUGUAGAUAAUUUCUACACAAGCCCUGCCUUGUUCAGUGACCUCAAGAAGCUGAAUGUGUGGUGUUGUGGCACCAUUCGUCCCAACAGAGUUGGUUUUCCCAAAACUAAACUGAACGACAUGCCUAAGAGGGCUGAUAGAGGCAGCAUGCGAUGGAUCCGGAAAGGCGACUUGCUCUUUGUCAAAUGGAUGGAUACCAGAGAGGUGGUCAUGUGCACUACUAUGCACAAAUCCUUCAGUGGCAACCAUGUCAGCAGACGUGUGAAGGAUGCACAAGGGAAAUGGAGCAAGAAGAACAUACCCAUUCCUGAUGCUGUGAAGGACUACAACAAGAACAUGGGCGGUGUGGACCUAUCAGACGCACUCAUUGGUUAUUACAACGUUCUCCACAAGACUAUGAGAUGGUACAAAACAUUUUUUUAUCAUUUCAUUGACAUUGCUGUGGUGAAUGCCUUCAUCCUUCACCAACAAAUGGCAAAGAGUCGUGGACAGGCCUCGCUGACACAGUUGGCUUUCAGAGAGCGGCUCAUCCAGGAGCUGGCUGAAUGUGGGCCAAAGUCAACUGCUACACAAGCAUCUGCCUCCUCUAGCACUCCUGCCCCAGGACCUGCCUCCAGUGGUGCGCACAUACCAAAGUAUCUGGUUGCAGAUCUGAAUGUGCCUCAAGGCCAAAAGGGUACAGUUGGAAGGCGUCGUUGUACCCUGUGCCAUAAAAAGUCACCUAUUACCUGCACAACUUGUGGUGUCACCCUGUGCUUUACAACAGAAAGAGACUGUUAUGGUACUUGGCAUCAGCAGCAUAACUUUAUGUAGAGGGUUGACUUGGGUGAUCUGGACACUCAAUGUGUACAAAGUUUUUUUUUCACUUUUUGUUUGCUGUGGUUUGCUGUGUUUGCACUUCUGACAUUAGAUCAGUAUUGGCUUCUAACUUAGCCCUUAUUGUAAAUAGUUCACUUAUUUUGGGGGGCAUUGGAUCAGCGUUCUCGUCGCGCCUCCUGUCAGUACCUUUAUGAAGGGAAACUAAUGAUCCACCAUGUAUGACAUUUCUGGGAGUGUGUAAACCUUAUUUGUUAUUACACUUGUAUUUUUGAAUAAUCUUUGUUGUCAUAUGCUUGGAAUUUAAUCAUUUAUCCAAUUUGGCCACUUGGGUAGAUUUGGGGACACUCGGAAAGGACACUUGGGAGUCCUCUUACAGAAUAUACUGCAUCUCUAUGGUCAUUCAAUGUAGCUGCCUAAAACUUUACCUACAGUCUCUUGCCUUCUAAGGGACAAUACUUGAAGUGUCUCCAGCCUCCUAUCUCAAUGCAUGGCCUUCCCACUGCAUUUCAAACAUGAUGAUAAAAAUAAAAAAAAUAAAAAACGUAUGUUUUUGGUUUGUUUUAUCUUCUGCC